AUGGCCGCCAUGGCCGACGCGCCGAGCGUGUUGUUCGCACGACAGAGCGGCGGCAAUGCCAAGCAGCAGGACUCGCACACGGAUCAAGGCUCGUCAUUAUCGGCGCUCGUGUCGACUCUCGUGCCCGUCCUCCUCAUCUCCUCCGUCAUCUUCCUGGUCUUCCUCUUCUUGGCCAAGAAGCUCCAUCGCGUCUACCAACCACGCACCUUCAUCGCCUCUCUUCGCAACUGGCAGCGCUCGCCCAAGCAGUCCCCCGGUUUCUUGGGAUGGCGCAAGGAGUACAGCAUGCUGAGGGACGACUUCGUUCUCGGCCAUGCGUCCAUCGACAACUACCUCUGGCUUCGCUUCUUCCGCAUGCUCGCUAUCAUGUGCCUCGUCGGCUGCUUCCUCACCUGGCCUGUCCUCUUCCCGGUCAAUGCCACUGGAUCUGGGCCUGGCUCAGGCUUGGACAUCUUGACCUUUAGCCACGUCCAACCCGGGCCGAGGUACUACGCGCAAGCGAUCAUGGCCUGGGUCUUCCUGGGCUGGGUCAUGUUCAUGAUCUGGCGCGAGUCGCACUAUUUCGUCCGCCUGCAGCAGCAUUACUUCCUGUCGCCCUACCAGAAGGCCCGCAUCUCGACCCGCACCAUUCUCUAUGUCAACGUUCCGGAAGAGUUCCGCAACGAGGACGCUGUACGCCGCGAGUACAACGGCGUGCGCAAAGUCUGGCUCGUGACCGUUCCAAAGCAGCUCGCCGACGAUGUUGACGACCGCGACACUGCCGCAACCAAGCUCGAGACGGGUGAAAUGAAGCUUCUGACCAACGUUACCAAGCGUCAGCUCAAGGCCGAGAAGAAGGGCAAUUCUUCAUCUCCUGCCACUGGUCCAGGUGGGCGCGGGAAUGCUGUCACUGUGGACAAGAAGGACGUACCCACUCAUCGCUUGCCCGUUCUCAAGUUCCUGCCCCUCGGCAAGAAGGUCAACACCAUCGACUGGGCUCGCAGCGAACUCCACCGCCUGAUUCCACAAGUUGCCUCCGACCAGGCCGCCCUGCGCCAUGAUCGUUCGGAGCCCCAGGGUGCCCUGUUCAUCGAGUUUGAGAGUGUUGCUGCCGCCCACAACGCUCUCCAGCAAGCGGGCGCGAAGAGCAAAGCGAAGAGCAAGGUGAAGAUGACACCCAAGGAGAUCGGCAUGACGCCGGAUGAGGUCCUCUGGAAGAACGUCAUCAAGUCGUUCGCCACGGUGCAACUGUUCAACAUUGUCUGCACCGCCUUUGUCUGGUUCCUCUGCAUCUUCUGGACCAUCCCGGUUGCCGUCAUUGGUGCCAUCUCGAACAUCGACUCGCUGACCGAUACGGUGCCAUUCUUGAGCUUCAUCAACCAGAUCCCAUCGUCCAUUCUUGGUGUCGUCACUGGUCUUCUCCCCGUGGUCUUGCUCGCCGUUCUGAUGUUGCUCGUCCCCAUCAUCAUGAACAUCAUGGCUAAGCUGUUUGAACCCACACUCGGCUCGGCGCAGCUCAAGGUCCAGGGCUGGUACUUCCCCUUCCAGGUCAUUCAGGUGUUCCUCAUCACCACCUUCUCCUCCGGAGCCGCCGCUGUGGUGGGAGACAUUAUCGACGACCCAACACAGGCCCCGACGCUGCUUGCACAGAACCUUCCAAGGGCAUCCAACUUCUACAUCUCCUACUUCAUCAUCUUCGGGCUCUUGACGGCGUCGCUGCAAUUCUUGAACAUAGCACCACUGCUGUUCUUCUUGAUCUUGGGCAAGAUUCUGGACAAGACGCCGCGUAAGCAAUACAACCGCUUCGUCAGCCUCGCUGGAGUUGGAUGGGGAGCUCUCUACCCCAAAUUCACUAACUUGGGCGUCAUCGCGCUGGCGUACUCGUGCAUUGCACCUCUGGUUCUAGGAUUCGCCACAGUCGGCUUCUUCCUCCUCUAUCUCGGAUUCCGCUACAACGUACUAUUCACCCUUGGCACGCAGGUCUCAACCCGCGGCGAAUCGUACGCGCGCGCGCUCCAGCAGCUCACUACGGGCAUUUACCUGUCCGAAAUUUGCUUGAUCGGUCUCUUCGCCAUCGGUACCAGCAGUACCAACAUGGCCAUCGGGCCGUUGGUGCUCAUGAUCAUCUGCCUCGCGGGCACCAUCGUAUGGCACGUCUUCAUGAACCGGUCUCUGCAGAAGCUCCGCGACGACCUCCCAAGUGAGGGCUCUGCUGGCUUUAUCUCCCAGAUGGAGCACCCCGCAGGCGGCGCCGACGCCGAGAAGUACCCCGGCAUCGACCAGCAUGGCGCUCACCAGGGCUACUCCCACAACCCGCAAGCCUACAACGGCGGCGCAACCCAUAACGGCAACGGCGCAACCCACAACGGCCACGUCGACAACGACGGCUACGCGGGCUACGCGGCCGCCAAACCCGAGCCCAACGUUGCCCCCGCUGCGAAACCCGGCAUGAUGACCCGCAUCAAAGCGUUCUUCAAGCCGCAAACAGCCGCCUCUAACGCCAUCACGUCCAUCUCCCCGCUCCUGAACACGCCUUCCCGCCCGUACACGCGCGAGGAGGAGCAGGACGCCUACGUCCACCCGGCCAUCAUCUCGGAGUGCCCCAUUGUCUGGAUCGCACGCGACGCCUACGGUCUCUCCGGCCAGGAAGUCAGGGCGAGCAGGCAGAAGAUUGGCGAGGGUUUCGAGAUGACGGACGACCAGGCUUGGUUCGAUGAGAAGGGCAAGGUUACGUGGAGCCAGGAGGUGGAGAAGGCGCCGAUCUGGGAGGAUGAGCCGGCGUAUUAG